AGCGUCUAGUCUGCUGGAAUAUCAAAAGAAAAAUAAGUAAACGGAAGUGAACAGUGACCAAGAACAAUUUCCACGUUAGCGUUUUUAUUAUUGUUAUUUAGACGUUUAUUAAAACCCUGGAACUUAAAAUGACUAAUUUAACUUACCCCAUGUAGUGUCUAAUUCGGGUUAAGGACAGUACUUUGUUGAUAGAUGUUAUCUCGGUAACGCUAGCUAACUGCUAACAAUGGCUAACUGUAUGGUUUUUCACACUCAAAUAGCCUCCAUCAUGGAAGUGCUAGCAAAUGCAGCCGUAGCAGAGAUAUGUAAACUCGUAGACGACGACUAUGCAGUGUUUCGUUUGAAAAUAACUCAAAGCCAGAAAGAAAACAGGGCAUUGCGGAGGAAACUACUGGAACCGAAGGUAGCACGGGAGCGCGCAGAGAGGACAAUGCGAGAGCGCGUCCUCGCCAGUCGUCCCAGCAGUGUCAAGAUCCUCGACCGAUACAGAGGAAUGGCAAGAGGUGAAGGACAUCUCACUGGAGGACACAGGAGCGUUGUGAAGCCAGCGGGACACAAUACAUGGAGAGAUGACCAACCAAUCACUGUUGAUGAGGGGAGUGGAACCUCAACCCAGCACGUUCUCAUGAUAGAGUCUGCAGAUGCAGAGGCUGCAGGUCCUGGAGGAUUGUCUCUGGUCAAUCUGGAGAGGUCUGAAGGAGAGGAGGACCCACGGCACAGCAGAGACAUCCAGACUGGACCGGCUAGUCCACCCCCUGUAGCCACGGAGGACCCCACCACCCCCCCAGCGCAGCCCAGGAUCAGACGCAGCAUCACGGAGGUCAGUGGAAGGCCAGAUGCCGUCCUCAAGUCAGAGACAGACACCAAGACUUUAACAGUAACACAAAGGCAUUUACACACAGAGAAACUGGGGCUGGGGAGGCUGGGCUGUCCUCCUGCUCCCACCUCAGAAUAUUUACUUUACGAUAACCCGAGCCCGAGGACGGUUUAUUCCCAUCGGGACUCAGGUGACGAGACUGGCAAUAAACAGUCUUGUUCAUACACUACAGAGAUGGACCCUGGCAAUAUGCCCUUGGGUUUAGAAACACAAACUGGUCCAUCUAGAGGGGACUGGAACCGGUACAGUAGUAGUGUAUACUCUGAAGGGUGCCUAGAUAAGAAAGGGGAGGGUCUGGUCGUAGAUGAGGUGACUGUGAAAGUGGAGGACGACGUUCCUCCCACAUGGAAUGCACAUAGUCACCUAGGAGACGGACUCUCACAGGGCAGAGAUUUCUUAGAUUACAGGGAAAGCUUAGAGACAAAUCUAAAUGUCGCGACCCACUCCCCUUUACCCACGUUCAGGGAUCACGACCCAGUGACUACGUCGAUGGGGCCUACCGAUUCACACGGCCGCUUCCUUUUCGAUCAGGUAUUGAACUCAAACGACAAGGCUAGAGCGCAGGCUCCGGGAGGGGGAACCACAUCAGGCAAUAGUAAAGAGAAACGGUUCCUCUGCAUGUUCUGUAACAAAGGCUUCAGUUGCUCCCAGAAGGUGGAGAUCCACCAAAGGGUCCACACAGGGGAGAAACCCUUCAGCUGUACCCAGUGUCACAUGUGCUUUGCAGAGGCUGGCAACCUGAAGAGGCACCAGAGGGUCCACACAGGGGUGAAACCCUUUAGCUGUACCCAGUGUCACAUGCACUUCGCCCAGGCUGGCAGCCUGAAGAGGCACCAGAGGGUCCACACAGGGGAGAAACCCUAUAGCUGCCCCCAAUGUGAGAAGAGGUUCUCACGCCAGCAUCAGCUGAAGAUGCACCUGAAGGUCCACACAGGAGAGAGGCCGUUCGCAUGUACACACUGCGGGAAGAGGUUCUCAGAGAGGAGCUGCCUGAGGAUACACCAGCAGAAAAACCAUUCCACUGUAUAACAUAGAAAGUAACCAUUCCACUCGAUAGCUUCUGACGUUUAUAUCAAACCUUGGUUUAAUGACAAACUGGAUGCAUUUGGAAUAACGAGAGUAACACAUUUCAUUGUUGAAUAUUCCUGUGUAGAAUAUUGGAUCCAGACAUUGUGUGAUAUACAGUAUAAGGCACAUAUACAGUGCCUUCAGAAAGUAUUCACACCC